AUGAAACUGUGUAUUAGUUUAACGUUUAUCUGUUUGUACAGUGCUGGUGUAAGUGUUGUUACAGGUCAAGAUGAUCUUGCGGGGAGUUUCUUGUCUGGUUUACUGGACAGUAUUGGUACCAGUGUACCAGCAAAAGAUUGUCCAGGUUCCUGUGUACACGCCCUAGCGACAUUAAUAUGCUACGAAGUUCGAGAGGAUGUACCAUGCCCAUCACCAGAGAUGAGAUGCUGUGUGGACCAACCUGAUGAGAGACCACCUCCACCAAGUGAACCACAACAGGAAUUAGUAGAUACUUAUACCGUUAGGCCAGCAACACCAGCAACUACCACUACCCAAGCAACUACGACAGCAGUAACAACCACAGAAUCAGAUAAACAAACCAAAGAUAAAGAUUCAAAUCCUUGUCCAGGAGUAUGCGUCGCAAAUCGCAUAGCCGAAUAUUGCGAAGCAUACCUGCCCAGUCCGCUGUCUGGUCCAGCAUUAUGUGCACAAGGUCAUAAAUGCUGCGUCCCAAGGGACUCGUACAAUGCUUCAGAUAUUAUUGUGCCAACUGGUGCAAAUGGAAUUCGAGGAAAUUCCACAGCAGUAGUAGCAGAAAAAGAGCAACAAUAUUGGCAACAUCAUAAUCCCAAAACUACACCACAGGCAUAUUAUACGACACCCAAAUCAACAACAUCUGCAUAUCGAUCGCCGCCACCGCCACCACCCUCAACAACUACAAUAACUUAUGAACCAAGUACACCAGGGCCAACUGGUCCGCCAUGCAAAGGAGAAUGUGUUGGUGGUUUAUUUGCAUUAUUUUGCGAUGACAUCGACUCCGAUGCAUAUUGUCCAAAUGAAGGUUCUUGCUGCAUUAAUUCACCACCAGAAGAGGAAGUGACACGUCUUCAGCCACAACCGCAACCACCACCAUUACGGAGAUGUCCAGGAUUUUGCCUGCUGAGUAUCAUGGCGCCGUUAUGCGAACGACCUUCAGUAGUUAUAUCUCGUACCUCAAAUUGCAAAUCAGGUUCGGUCUGCUGUGACAAUUCCCGAAACCCAUCGACCUUGGCAGGUGGCGGAGGAGGUGGAGGUAAACCACCAGGUGCGCAAGCAUCCCCUCCCGAGACUACAACCACGCCUGCUCCAACAACAACGCAAGAUCCGCGACCGGAUUGUCCAGGAUCUUGUAUCGUUAGUUACCUUAGUUUCACUUGUUUCAGAAAUGCUGAAUUAACAGAUGUUUUCAAAUGUAAAAAAUCUGGUCUGCAAUGUUGUGCUCCCAAAAGUAAAAUUCAAGAAGCUCAGUCGGCUACCUCUCAGCCAGCUGCCCAAUCUCGAAAUGAAACCAUAGUUGCACAUAUGGGUUAUACACCAGCUUCAUUAAUGCCCCAGGCGACUCAACUAAUAGCCACAAGUACACAUCGAGCUCCGACAGCUUAUAGCAAAUAUGUUUGCGGAGUUAAAGGUGCUCCUUCCAGGACAGGACGAGUGGUCGGAGGAGAAGAUGGCGCUCAGGGCGAAUGGUGUUGGCAGGUUGCUCUUAUAAACUCCUUGAAUCAGUAUUUGUGCGGAGCUGCGCUAAUUGGUACACAGUGGGUAUUGACUGCAGCUCAUUGUGUUACAAACAUUGUCCGAUCCGGUGACGCAAUAUAUGUGCGAGUAGGUGACCACGAUUUAACAAAGAAAUAUGGUAGCCCUGGUGCACAAACACUACGAGUAGCUACUACUUACAUACAUCAUAACCACAAUAGUCAGACAUUAGAUAAUGAUGUAGCUCUGUUGAAAUUGCAUGGACAAGCUGAAUUAAGAGAUGGUGUUUGUCUAGUGUGUCUUCCUGCUCGAGGAGUUAGUCAUGCUGCAGGCAAAAGAUGCACUGUUACUGGAUAUGGUUAUAUGGGUGAAGCUGGACCUAUUCCUUUGCGAGUUCGAGAAGCGGAAAUUCCAAUUGUGAGCGAUGCUGAAUGCAUACGUAAAGUAAAUGCAGUUACUGAAAAAAUUUUCAUUUUGCCAGCAAGUUCUUUCUGCGCAGGUGGCGAAGAAGGCAAUGAUGCAUGCCAGGGUGACGGCGGAGGGCCACUGGUUUGUCAAGACGAUGGCUUCUACGAAUUAGCUGGUCUGGUAUCAUGGGGAUUCGGUUGCGGACGCCAAGACGUACCAGGUGUUUAUGUGAAAGUAUCAUCCUUUAUAGGAUGGAUCAAUCAAAUCAUAAGUGUGAACAAUAUUUAG